AUGACGUCACUAGCAGGAUGGCCGACUGGCGCAGUAGAAGGCGAAGACGUGGUCCGGACAAUAUUCAUAACGGGUUUUCCGCCAGACACCAAGGAGCGCGAGCUGCAGAACCUGCUGCGCUGGUGGCCGGGCUACGAGUCGUGCCAGCUGUCGUACAAGGGCGACCAGCCAAUGGGCUUCGCGCUCUUCUCCACGUCAGCCAUGGCCUUCGCCGCUCGCGACGCCCUGCAGAUGUGUUUCCAUUUUCCCCUGCUGUGUGUGCAGGGGCUGUUGUUUGAUGUCGAGUCCAAUGCGGUGCUGCGAGCGGAAAUGGCCAAGAAGAACCUCUUCAGAAAAAAGGGUGCUGAGGAUCCCGCCAAGAGGCUCCGCGUUGCUGACGCCUUGACCUCCUAUGUGGUGCCCGGAGCUGCCUCUUAUGAUCCCUAUGGUGCUGCUGCAGCGGCCGCCUUCGCUGCUGCAGCCGUUGGAUCAGCUCCUGCUGCUGUCAUGCCGCGCACUGUAGCAUCGACAUACACUCCCUCCAAGGUAUACAAGGACAACCCGCCAUGCAACACGCUCUACAUUGGCAAUCUCAGCCCGUUUGUGAACGAAACAGAAAUCCUCAGCGUCUUCGGCACCCAACCGGGGUAUGUCCAAAUGAAGCUGACGAGGCAAGGCGUGACCAACACAUGCUGCUUCGUGCAAUACUCUGACAUAGCGUCAGCAUCAGCAGUGCAUGCGGCGUUACAAGGCACCUCCCUCGCCUCAUCAGACAGAGGUCCCAUCCGCAUUCAGUUCUCCAAGAACCCCCUCGGAGUUAAGGGGCCGGGCUUCGGGGGAGGAAUGGGGGGAAUGGGGGGAAUGGGGGGAGUGGGCGGAGUGGGCGGAGUGGGCGGAGCGGGGGAGUUUGGGGGCGCUGUGAAGAGUGAGAUAGGGCCAGUGGCGGAACCCCCCCCUGCAGGAACGGACGGAGGAGCAGGGGGAGCUGCUGGGGUAGGAGGGGCGAUGAAGGCAGAGGCGAUUGGGGCAGAGGCGGCAGCAGCUGCGGCGCUGGCAGCAGCGAGUGGGUUGACCUAG